GGGAAGAAAGGGCUGUUCAGAGCCUGUGCGCCCACGUGCUGGGCACGCUGGAUGUCUCUGCCGGAGCGGUGGCCAAACUCCUGUGGCCGAAGCUGCUGUGGUACGUGGUGCCAGCCAAGUACACGGGCAUGUUGGUCCCGCUCUGCCGCUGCCUGCGCAGCCUGGCCGAGAGACGGGACAGGGCAGAGCAGGAGCAAGAGGAGGCGGCGCCUGAGGCCCUGGAGUCUGAGGAGCCAGCCGCUCUGCCAGCUCCCCAGGCCCUGCUGGCUCGCCUGCUGGUGGUGGCGGCAGUGGCUCCACACGCGGGCGGUGGCCGUGGAGCCGCGGCCCUGCAGCUGCUGCAGGCGCUCCCCAGCACGAUCCACGGAGCCGUGGGGGCGAAGUGGGCCGCAGACAUCCCCCUGCUGCUGCAGCACCUGGCAGGAACAACAGCGAGCUCCCUGGACGUGGCCGAGUGGGAGAGCCUUCUGCUGAAGUUCCUGCAAACCUCUCUGGAGCUCAUUGCGAGCGAGGCCUGGACCGUGGGCCUGAGCCAGGAGCUGAGCCGGCAGCUGGGCAGCUCUCCCCGCCUGUCCUGGGAGAAGCGGUUCCUGUACAAGGCUCUCGGCACGGCCCUGGCAGCUUGUGGGUGUCUCCACCACGUGCAGGAGCAGACCUUGGAGCACCUGAAAGCAGCCAACUUCCUGGAGCUGUGGCAGGCGCAGGGCAUGGUUUCAGUUGUGUCCCGCUGUGCCGAGAGCCACUUCCAGCUGGCCUUGUCCUUGGUGAAGGAGUUCACGGGGACUUUGAAACGCAAGAAGAGCAAGGCAAGAAGGACCCGCGCUACUCGCGCUGCGCUGCUGGUGAUGUACGGCCGGAUGGCGCUGCGCGCCCCCAGGGAGCAGCUGCUCGCCCGUGUCGAGAGAGACAUGGUGGCGAAUGUCCUGCAGCUCUACCGAGAGGGCUGCCAGGAGGUGAUUCAGGAAGAGCCCCAGGAGUCCCCGGUGCACCCCCGGGCCCUCGUGGCCAUGCAGCAGUUGAGCAAGCUGAAGCCCCGUCUGAGCAGGGAGGAAAACCGCCACCUCCUGGCUCAGUGCUGCCAGGGCAUCGUGUGCCUUCGUCGCCCGGAGCAGAUGGACAGGAGAGGGCAGACGGCGGUGGCUGCUUCAUGCCCACCGGGUGUGCAGGCGUGGUCCCUGCGAGCGCUGGGCCAGCUCAUGGGAGCCCUUCUCUGGGCAGAGCUGGCCCCCAUCCGCUUCGAGGACAUGGUGCAGGUCCUGCGGCGCUGGCUCACCUCGGCCCACGCAUGCGAGCGGGAGAGGGCCCUGCAGGUGUGCGUGCAGGUGCUGGGCUCUUAUGAAGAGAGAUGCGAGCACAGGCGAGGCCGUGCCUGCGAGUGGUUCGGCUCCCUGGCGGGACUGCUGGGGCCUCUGACGUGCGACACGUCGGCCGCGUCCCGCUGGUGGGCAGUGACCUGCCUCGGCCACCUGCUCCGAACAGGAGCCGAGAACACAGACGUGGCGCCCUGGACCAACGAGAUCGGGCGCCUGCGUGAGAGGCUCAGUGCCAUCACCUCUGAGUCUCUGCUGGCCACCUCCACCAACAUUGCGAAGGUAACUGGCCCCUGGAGUGCAGAGACGUGA